CCCCAGCAGCUGGCCAAUGGAGAGCAGGCAGAGGGUUCUCACAACACAAUGCUUCCUGCUCUAGAGGGAUCUUCACAGCAAAGUGAGACAGAAUUUCACAGCGGUCGAGGUGUCGACCAUCUUCGCGGCAGAAAGCAGGAACAGGAUCCAGCCAGGAUGCCUUUGUCCGUAACAAAGGGUGAGGGCGUCGCAGUCUUCACUGUGACCUCUGACCCAGGAAGCAAAUGGCCCUUGCUGUGCCAGCUCCUCGGGAUGUUGUGCAGCAGCCCCGGGUGUUUCGCGUCCUGCAGACCCCGGAAGCUCAUGGUUGGCCCCCUGUCAUCAUUAGCGACCGUUCAGAUCAUGGUGGGGCUUUUCACCAUCGGUCUGGGAGCGAACCUCCUGAGCCUAUACGAUGGCCCCUAUUUCAUGUACUACAACGGCGCCCCCUACUGGCUCGGCGCCUGUUUCAUUUUCUCUGGAAUAUUUACCAUUAUUGGGGACAGGUUUCAGAACAUCUGCCUGGUGUUCCUGACUGGCGUUAUUAAUGUGGUGAGUGCAGUUCUUGCUGUUGUCGCGAUAGUUUUCUACUUAGUCGACGAAGGAGCGGUGUUUGACAGGACGUGCUUGGCUUCGGACCGCGACUACUCCCGCUAUGACUACCGCGGCGGCUACCAACGAACUCCAGUGAACUUGACGGACGCGGAACUGAGAGCUAAGGACACCAACCUGCAAUUCUGCCAGAUGUACAAGAAUUUCGUGCAGCCUUUUGCGAUUGGCCUGAAGGUGCUGCUGGUGGCCACUGCUGCUCUCCAGCUCUGCGUCACCAUCAGUGAGGCGGUUUUUGCCAUGAAGGCACUGAACAAGAACAGCAAGAAGCAGCAGGCCCCUGAGGUUACCUACGUCGGUUAAGCAGCCACUCAUGGAGGAGCUGACAUCCCGAAGCCCAGCUUUUUUCACUCCUGCCACCUAUCAGUUCUCCCUGUGUGUCAGACUCAGGGCUGCAUCUCGUUAGCCGGAAAGCACACACACCUUCACUCCACUAACCCCCUCCCCCCACUCCGUGCCCUGGAAAAUCUCUUGUGGACUCCCUCCACUGUCCCAUUUUCAAAGUAGAUAAAGAACUUCUUCAGCCGCGCCCUAUGUGUUGUUGUUAUCGUGCAUAUCAUCCUACCCAGGUGUGCGAAAUGUCAGUUUGUUUUUGUGGCUCAUAUCCUACAAACAAAUUCGGCAAUUUAAAACAGGGAAGCCGGUUUCUAUACACUCACCGAGCACUUUGUUAGGUUUUUUUAGACUUCUACUGCUGUAGCCUAUCCACUUAGAGUUAUAAUGCGUUGUGUGUUCAGAGAUGCUCUUCUGCAUACCACUGUUGUAAUGUGUGGUUAUUUGCGUUAUUGUCACCUUCCUGUCAGCUUUGACCAGUCUGGUGAUUCUCCUCUGAAAUCUCUCAUUAACAAGGCGUAUCUGUCUGCAGAACUGCUGCUCACUGGAUGUUUUUUGUUUUUUAUUCACCAUUCUCUGCAAACUCUAGAGACUGUGUGAAAAUCCCAGAAGAUCAGCAGUUUCUGAGAUACUCAAACCACCCUGUCUGACUCCAGCAAUCAUUCAUCAGUCAAAGUUUCUUAGAUCACAUUCCUUCCCCAUUCUGACAUUUGGUCUGAAAAACAGCUGAACCUCUUGACGACGUCUGCAUGCUUUUAUGCAUUUAGUUGCUGCCACAUGAUUAGCUGAUUAAAUAUUUGCAUUAACAAGUUGGUGAACAAGUCUACCUAAUAAAGUAUAUAAUAGAUUAA